GAUGUUCCCAACAGCUGACAGACGGUGAAAGCCUCUGCCGGAGCUGACGGUGGAAGAGAGUAGCCUCCCGUUCGGUGUAGCCUACACGGACUGAGAACACAAGUCGCGCUUUGCUGGACUCUGGACCGCUUCACAGCCCCUGGGGUCGCCGUCGGGCAUCUUGUUUUGAUAAAAAAAAAAAAAAGAUUAAAAAAAAGAUACAAAUAUUCGGUUUGCAUCCUGACUUUUUCCAGAUUGGGAACUGGGGACAUUUGCUGUCAGCUAACUUCCACAAUAGGUCGCUGCGUCGCCGGGGACUGCUGCAUAUGUUUUAUUUGAGCUUAACAGUUUGACUCCAGCCCCUUCCAGCCGUGCCCAAUGCUGAGGAAUGGAUAGUGUGUCUGCUAAAGGUGGGAAGAUGGUCGAGAGUGAUGAGCAGCCGAAGAGGGAUAGCGGCGGUGGCGGCGGCGGCGGCGGCGGCGCAGCGAUGGCCGCACUACAUCAAUGCGAACUCAUCCAGAAUAUGAUUGAAAUCUCCAUCUCCAGUUUACAGGGGCUACGGACCAAAUGCGCCGCGUCCAACGACCUCACACAGCAAGAAAUACGCACUUUAGAGGUGAAGCUGAUGAAAUACAUCUGUAAGCAGCUGCAGUGCAAGCAGAAAGUGCCAGAGACAGAAAGGCCCGAGGCCCUGGACAGCUACCCGCACUUACGAGACUGGCUACGCACCAUCAACCUGCGACCGGAGCUCAUUGAGGCAGUGGAAGCGAAGCUGUCCCUGGAUGCCUUACUGCAGAUGACAGGUGCUCAGGUGAGGGAUACAAUGCGAAGACUAGGGUCCAGUUCAGAAGAAUGUGCCAGGCUCAGUGCUGCCCUCUCCUGUCUGAAGAGUGCCACUGAAUCAGGAGGUGAACUGAGGGAAGACGGCAGUCCGUGGCUGUCUGAGCCCACAAGGAGAGACAGCGGCUCUCUACUGACUGCAGACCAGCUAACCAACCUGGGCACUCCACUUCGCCCUCACAGUCCCUCGCCUCUCGCACGCCCAUCCACCAUCCAUUCCACCCCAUCCACCCCCUGCGCUACCUUCCCUCAUCCCCGCUCAGGCUCGGUGUCAGCGGUGCCAACGCCCGAGGCACUGGCAUCAUAUGUCCACAGCGAAAGCCCUCUUACAGACCCAUUUCCCAUGUCCUUAGCUCACGCAGCUCGGCUCCACGGACACACUUCCACCCCACCCAUAACUCCGCCGUCAAAGAGGCGUCACCGACUGAAGCCCCCCUGCACCCCUCCUCCUCCGUCCCGGAAAGUGCUGCAUCUGCUUCCCAACAUCACCCUGACGCGCAGCAAAAGCCACGAGUCCCAGCUGGGCAACCGCAUCGAGGACCCACCCACGAACAAGUGUGUUAAAAAGAAUAAGUUACUCCUGAAUAUGCAAGUCAAUGGGAAUGGAUGUGAGGACUCGCCUUCUCGCUAUCCCGUCAUGUCUGCACGGACCCCCGGAGUCACCCCGGCUCCCACUACAUCAUCUUACACCCUGCCUGGCACGCCCACCCUCCUAGAGGAGCACAGCACCAUUAAAAAUAACGUAGCAGUGCAUCGCAGCUCCCCACAAGCAGUGAGGAGGGACAUAGGCCUAGCAGUCACACACAGGUUUUCAACCAAGUCCUGGCUGUCCCAGACAUGUCAGGUGUGCCAGAAGAACAUGAUGUUUGGGGUUAAGUGCAAACACUGUCGGUUAAAGUGCCACAACAAAUGCACAAAGGAAGCCCCAUCCUGUAGAAUCUCCUUUCUACCAAUCGCCAAAAUUCGGAGGACUGAGUCUGUUCCAUCUGAUAUAAAUAACCCUGUAGACCGACCGGCAGAAGCACCGCAGUUUGGCACACUACCAAAGGCCAUUACAAAAAAGGAUCAUCCUCCAGUGCUGAACCAGCUGGACUCCAGCAGCAAUCCGUCCUCCACCACCUCGUCCACACCUUCCUCCCCAGCACCCUUCCAGCAGAGCAACCCCCCCAGCGCUACUCCACCACCCAACCCCUCGCCCAAAGGCCAUCGGGACAACCGCUUCAACUUCCCAGCUGCCUGUUACUUUCAGCAUAGACAACAGUUUAUCUUCCCCGAUGUUUCCAGCCCUGCUCAUUUGCACCCCGAUGUCCUCCAAGACACUGUUGAGAUAGAGCAAUCAGCAGAUGACAUACACGCUGAGCUGGCUGAAGAUGAAGAUGAAGAGGAGGGGGAGGAGGAAAUUGAGGUUGAAGACGAAGACCCCGAAGGGGAGGAAGAGAAUGAUGAAGACGAGGAAGAGAAUGAGGACGAUGGGGAAGAUGAAGAUGACGGGGAGGACAUUAGGAUGAACAUGGGCUCGGACGGUGAGUGCGAUGAGCUGGACGAUCUGCCCAGCUCUCGGGGAAAUCAGUGGAAGGGCCCCAUUACGCGCAAGCCAAGUCAGACCAGCGUCUACCUGCAGGAGUGGGACAUCCCGUUUGAGCAGCUGGACCUUGGAGAACUCAUAGGAAAGGGCCGCUGGGGCAAAGUGCAUAAGGGUCGGUGGCACGGCGAGGUCGCUAUCCGACUUCUUGAGAUUGAUGGGAACAAUCAGGACCAUCUGAAGCUCUUCAAGAAAGAGGUGAUGAACUACAGACAGACCAGGCACGAGAAUGUGGUCCUCUUCAUGGGGGCCUGCAUGGCUCCACCCCACCUAGCAAUCAUCACCAGUUUCUGUAAAGGGAGGACGCUGUAUUCAGUUGUUAGAGACACUAAAAACACUUUGGAUAUUAACAAGACCAGACAAAUUGCUCAGGAGAUUGUAAAGGGAAUGGGCUAUUUGCACGCUAAAGGCAUUGUUCACAAAGACUUGAAGUCAAAGAACGUUUUUCAUGAUACCAAUAAAGUCGUGAUUACAGACUUCGGGCUGUUUGGGAUCUCUGGAGUUGUUCAGGAGGGGAGGCGUGAGAACAAACUAAAACUUCCACACGGAUGGAUUUGUUAUCUCGCACCAGAGAUUGUGCGCAGGAUGAGCCCAGGUAACAAUGAGGACCGCCUUCCUUUUUCCAACUCAGCAGAUGUGUACGCCUUUGGGACCAUUUGGUAUGAGCUUCAAGCUAGAGACUGGCCAAUCACCAACCAGCCUGUGGAAGCUACCAUCUGGCAGGUGGGCAGCGGAGAGGGCAUAAAGAAGGUCUUGGCGGAGAUCAGCCUUGGCAAGGAGGUCACUGAGAUCCUCUCUGCCUGCUGGGCGUACGACCUGAGAGAGAGGCCGACCUUCACCCAGCUGGCCGACAUGCUAGAGAAGCUGCCAAAACUCAACCGCAGGCUGUCCCACCCCGGACAUUUCUGGAAGUCUGCAGACGGUUAUGUUCUAUAGCACAAAUAAACACGGCCACACCUCUGCACAACCCUGCUAGAAGGAGCCACUUUGCCAGAUGUUGUGUGAAUGCAGGCGAAGCUACCCUUCAUCCUGUCUGCCGUGUGUGUAGCGAGGCUCAACCUGGUCAUGAUGUUUUUAGAGUCCUGACAGGCACAGCGAUCGAACAUUAAAGCCUGAAGCUUGAAACUAUUUGUUACAGCCCUACUGUACUCACUGUCUUCUAGGUAUAAAUAAUGGCUAAUUUGUGAGAUAUUAUCUUAAAUUGAGAGUAACUCUACAAAAUGUGAAACAACCAAUUAAAAAUGGAGAGAAGGAGAAUUUUUGGACCUGACCAGGGGGGAAAAAUCAUUUAAAACCUGUGUUUUUUUAGUUCUGUAUCUCACAUGUUGUUAUCACCACCGAUAUGUGGUCAUCCUAUUUAUUUCUACACCAGAAUGGCUUUCAUCUUCUUUUUUCUUUUUUACCAAGACCAGCUUUUCCACUUCCUGCUGUCACACACAAUCUACACAUUUAUUUACAUGUCUUUGUUACAACUUUACUUGCACACCGUGUUUUCCACUUAUUUCCUGCUUCUUAUGAUUUGCUUUUUCACAGUCUCUGUUGUGUUUGCUCCGAGCUUACAAACAACUUCAUUUUGAAUGUAAACCCAGGUGAACAGCUUCACUAUAUAGUUACAUGCCAGUUUUGUUUCGCUGGAUGAUGGGAGAGAUGCAAGUGUGUUUUCUUUAAAAGAAAACAAUAUAAAGACUUAAAGAAGUCUGCUUGGUCAAGAAAUGAUACAAUGAAUCUUAAAAUAAUCUCUUGAUUGAACUCACACAGCCUGACCUGUUUUUAAGCAGUGAAUGUCCUUUGACUAAUGUACAUGUAUGUAAUAUCUUGCUGCUUUUUCAAAUUAUGCUUUCUUAACUGUUACACUUUCACUAACCGUCUAAUGUUUGUGUUUUCCUUUGCUCUCUACUCUCUUUUCUUUUUCUCUUUUCUAAUCUAGGUUGUAGCAGUCACUCUGAAAUAUAAGCAAUGCAAAACAAAGCCUGGGUCUGCCUUGCAUGCUCCUGUAUCCUUAACUCUUACAGGAUUGAUCAAAGCAUUGCCUCUGCCUGAAACAGACGCUGCUUCCACUAAUCCACAGACUGAUCUUCCAUGUCUAACCCGUUGCGUUUUCUUGUUGGGAAGAGAGGAUCGGUGGAAUGAGGUGUGGCGGGCGGGGAGGGACGCAGCGGUCAUCCUCCACGCUUUCCCUCCUUUCGUCUAAUAUCUCUUUGCCUUCCUUUUUGGUUUUGUUCUGUAAUGUUGUUGGGAACUCUGAGGCUUGUGAAUAACUGGCUUGUGGUGUCUGUGCUGAGACUGACUGGUGUGCUGUGGUCUGUGCCUGCUGAUGGCUGCCCUGUCCUCGGCCUGCUCACCUAUUCUCUGUGCUGCUGUGAUGUGGUUGUUAUCGCCGGGGGCCCCUGACCACACGGCUCUUUUUCUCUCUGAAACACACGCACACACAAAGAAACACACACUGCUGGACAUAAAAUGGACCCUACUACCAAAUGGACCACUUCAUUUAUCUAUGUUUUUUUCCCCCUGAGGGGUUGACACACGUUUGACAGGCUGCUUGAGUGAUGUUCUCAAACCAACUGCCUCUGUGCUCCUCUCUCUCAGUUUUUAAUGUUUGUGUGAUAGCAUGGGCUGAGAUGGUUGCCAGCCCAUGUCUACACACAAUAUGCACUUUGUCAACAGGAAAAAAAAUAAUCACGAACUCUUUGUUGUUGUUGUUUAGUUUGAUUUUGAAUAGUCAUAUUUUGCAGUGUUUUCUCUUUUUUUUUUUUUCAUCAGGAGGGUCUAAGAAGCUUGGAUAGUGUGAUAUGCUCACUUGUAUGUUGUCUUUUUGAAGUAUAACCUGGUAAAUUCACUGUUUAUUAGACGCAUUUGAAAACAGGGCACUGAUGAAGACUUCUGUAUGCUAAACGGCAGUUGAAAUGAAAAGAAACAGGUGAAAUAUUCCCUUCAUCAUUCACAAUCCACAUGGGAAUAGAAUAAUGCUGGCUAUUUAUGAUUAAAGACUUUUUUUAAUAAUAAUGUCCAUCCAUUGAAGUGUAAAGUGCACCUUAUAAGAAUAUGAGUUAUUUACAAAGUUCCUUCUUUCAAGAAGUUGAGUGAUUUCAUUCUCUGCGCAAAAAAAAUAUAAAUCAGGAACCUGGCGCAAAAGUGUCCUAUAUCUUCCUAAAACAUUACCUCUUGUGCGCGCUUGUGUAUACCGUUUGUGAUUGCUGGCUUCAGUUGGCGUGCUUGUAUUUAUGUGUUGUGUGUGGGUGCACGUGUGACUGAGUGAGCGUACUGUGUUGGAAUACGUAGGGUUGGUUUUCGUGAAAGACUGCAGUAAAUGUUGUGUUGCAAAUCCAAUGGUAUGUAAUGUACAUACAUUAUUUAAUGUAUAGCAAAUGAACCUGAUUCUUCUAAUAUUUGUAUAAACAUUUUAUAUGUAAAAUACAUCACAACAUUUUUGAAUAGGUACUGCUAUGGCUAUUACAGAUGUAUAUAUAUUUAUAUUUUUUUCAUGUAUAAAAUACUGUAUAAAAGCUGUACAAUUUUUUAGAAUGGGCCAAUACAUGUUUUUUUAUGUUAUUGUAAAAAUUCAUAUUUUUGUAUUGCAUGUGACUACCAUUCUGUACACGCAGUUUCUGUUUUCAUCCAUGGAAGACAAUAAAAUGAGGCUUGUCAUGUAACAAAA